AUGCUUCUUUUCCUGCUAGCAGUAGUUCUGGUCUUAUUUUUGGUGCAAAUCGAGUUGACGCGCCUCAACAUAAGUCGCAAGUACAAGCACAUAAGCGGAAGUAAGGAAUAUCCGAUCAUUGGUAACAUCGCCUCGGUCAAGCGUCAUCAGUUGAGCGACUUUAAUCUCAUCAUCAACGAGCUAUGUCGCGAUACCGUUAGCAAAGUAACGGCUUUCGGGCAAGUUUUGUUCGUCGUAGCGGAUCCAGCGGUGGCCCAAACGAUCCUUUCGUCAUCCAAUUUCCACAAACGCUCGUACAUUUUCAAGUUUUUCGAGAUGGAAAGUGCCCUUUUUACGUCAAUUUACGAAACAUGGAAGCCCAUACGGAAGGGAGUGCAAAGCUGCUUCAGCAAAAAAUCGAUAGUGACGAUGACGAAUGCCUUUCUCAAGCAUUCCGAUAAUUUGUGUCAAGAGCUCGAAGAGGGAUUUGCAAAUACGGGUGCUCCAUUUGAUAUUUACACGCUAAUCGCGCGUUUCGAAAUAAACAAAGUUGUUGAAACGAUGCUCGAUUGUCCGAAUUUCAACAGUACGGAAUAUUUGGUCGAUACGUUGCAAGAAGCGAGCGACAACAUUGGCCGCCGGAUCUUCAAUCCGAUGAUUUAUCCCGAAAUUAUUUACAAAUUCACGGAUUGUCGGAAGAAAAUCCGCGCGGGACACGAUUUGGGAGCGGUUAUUUUACGCGAAAUUUGUGGAAGUGACUUUACCGAACGACGACAACGCUUGAACGAAAUUAAUAACAACGAACAAAGUAGCAAAAUAUUCUUCGAUGAGUUACUAAAAGUUGUGAAACACGGAAAAUUACUGACCUACGACGAGGUAGUCGAUAAUUUCAAGACAAUUGUUGUUGCGGGCUUCGAAACUCAGAGUCUUGCGAUGGGAUGGAUACUCGUUAUGUUGGCAAUGCAUCAAGAUGUGCAGCAAAAAGUGUACGACGAAAUAUGCGAAAAUAUUCCCGAUGAUGCGGAAUUGGAUUGCGAGUUGCUGAAAAAGAUGGAAUAUUUGGAUAUGGUGAUUAAGGAAACGUUGAGAUUGUUUCCUGUGGCGCCCGUGACAAUGAGAGACAGUUUGCAGGACACACAUGUCGAGCCAUUUGGCGAAAUUCCAAAAGGAACGCCAGUUUUAGUGGCAAUUUACAAAAUUCAUCGAUCGCCGGAAAUUUGGGGUCCAGAUGCAGACAAAUUUAAUCCAGAUAAUUUUCUGCCAAGCAAAGUGUCGGAAAGGCAUCUUUACAGUUACAUUCCGUAUGGAGGCGGCGGAGCACGAAAUUGUAUUGGUAUCAACUACGCCACAAUCAACAUGCGCAUUGUUCUUAUAAAAUUACUCAAAAAGUUUAGAUUUACCACUCCCUUGACUUAUGACUCUAUUGAGUACAAAUAUGGCAUAACGCUUAAACUCGGGGGCGGAUAUCAAGUCAUAGCUGAUACAAGAAAACAAAAAACAUCUUAG